AUGUUUUACGUGUUGUUAAGAAGAGGGUGCUGGAGAAAUAAAGUAUAUUGUUUUUGUAGAAACAUGGCUACCCUAACAACAGCAGUAGCGUCCAGUGAUACCACAUGGCAGGAUGACAAUGGGUAUUGUCUUAAAGGAGGCCUUGACAAAGGCAAUGUCUUAGAGAACUGGAGGGUUAAAGCUGAACAAAUGAGAAAAGCUGAAUUUAUCAGAGAAGCUGAUAAAUUGAAAAAACAGAUUGCUCUUUUAGAAAAAGACAAAAGUGUUAAUCUGUUCAGCAAAAAUAGCUAUUUUAGGAUGGAAUACAGUGCCUUGGAAGAACUUGAGCUCAAGAUGACAAACAAUAGGAAUGCAGAAAGGACUAACAUUGAACAGCAGCUAGCAAAGGUACAUAAUAGUGUGAAGAGGCUCCAAAGACAGCUAAUGGAUGCAAAGCCUACUCCUGAAUUUGUUGAGAAACUGAGAGAGAUGAUGGAAGAAACUGAAAAGGCUAUUUCUGCCUUUAAAGAGGAACAACGACGAGUAUAUGAAAGCCUGUUGAAAGAAGAAAAAAUCACCUCUAAUGAGCUUACUGCACUAGAUAAGAAAAUGGAAGCUUGGACAUUAGUUAAUGCAUCUGCUAAAAAAACACCAACAUCUCAAUCAACCAAAGUUCCUUUGUUUAAAACUGUCCAUGCUAAUCUACCAGUAGAAGUGGUAGAACUUGAAAAAUAUCUGGAAGACACUGGAGGAAGACAAGGAGGGUGGGAUAAUUAUGAUCAUCAGAACUUCCUAAAAGUUUGGACAAAGUAUAAAGGAAAAGCACAGUUCCUGGAAGAGGCAUUGCAGUAUUUGCCUGGAAGAACUGAAGAUGACGUUAAGCAGCAUGAACAAUGGUAUCAGGAAUUUCUGUUUCUGGAAGAGAGAAAGAAAGAGGCUAUUCAAAAGUGGAAAUCAAAGAAACAGCAAAUAAAGGAGGAUAUUCUUAAAAAAAAGGAAAAGACAGAAGAGGAAUUUGAAGCAGAUCGACUUGCUUAUGAAGAGGCAGAAAAGAAAAGGUUAGAGAUGGAGAAGCGAGAAAAACAAGCACAACUUGAAGAAUGGAAGAAGAAAAAGGAGAUAGAAGCUACACGAUUGAAAGAAAAAAGACUUGAAGAAGAAUUAGAAAGGGAAAGAUUGCAAAAAGAAGAACGCAAGCGCCAGCUGGAAGUUAAACUAGCUGUGGAAGAGUAUAUUCGGCAAAAAAAGGAGCAAGAAGCACUUCAGAGAUUAGAAAAAGAAGUCAUAGAGCAGACUGAGAAGGAAGAGAGGAGAAAAGCUGCUUCAGAAGAGAUCUCUAGGUUUCAAGAAAGAGAUAUGCAAGUGUUAGAGUCAAAAUUACUUGAAAAACGUGCAAAAGAAGCAGAAGAAAAAGAAAGAGAGAAGAAGCUGGCCAAACUGAAAGAAAAGGUUGACAGCCACGUAAGAAGAGAUCCUUCAAGACUGUGGAAGCCUACAAAGGGAUGGGAAGAGCGACUAAAAGUGCAAGGACCUGAAGGAGGCGGGCCAUUGCUGUAUAUACCUCAGAGGGCUGUUCCAUCAUGGAGACAAGGACUAUGAUUGAAUGUAUUGUGAAGGGAAAUCUCGGCAAUGUACAGCUUAUGUUUUUUAUCCUGUUGAAAUUAAUUUUUUAAAUUAAUUUUAACAAAUAUAUCUGCUUACCAAAAGAAGAGUCCUGAAGUGUUGAAUCUUCAUGUGGUUGUAAAUGUUCAGCCCCCCUAAAGCUGUAAUACUACUAAAAAACAUGCUGUAGGAAGUAGCUGUAAAGCUUUUCUUUUGAAUCUGUUAAACUCUUGUUUUCCGUUUUGAUGGCCAUUCAUAAUUUGAUCAAGACUGAUGAUCAGUGUUUAUUUUUUUACUUUAUAGCAUGAAUUUAUUGUGCGUUUGUUUAUUCCUUACAGUGUUUUGUUGAUAAAUACACAUGAAUGGAAAUUAAUAUGCAUUUAGAACAUAAACAUUAUCAUCCUU